AGGCAGGAAAAGUUUCUCCAAAGGAAAAAUGCAGGGCUUGUCCUUCACCCUGACGUCAGAUCUGUCUUUAAUAAAAUCCCCAAAGAGCCAAGAGAAAAAGGCAGAGUGCCUAGGCUAGGUUGCCAGUUCAGGAUUGCUCUGCAUUCCCCAAAGUGGUGUUUUUGUUCAAAACGGCUCUAAAUCUGGGUUCAAUCAAUGUAUUUAAUCCCGGCUUCCAGGGAUGAGGUGGCUUUUGCCCUGGAUUCUAGCAACAAGCAGCAUUUUGCAGGCCAUCGCCCAGACCUCCACCACCAUGACCCCCACCGUCCCUGCCGUGACAGAAGCCUACACGCGGACUCAGUACUGUAAGUGGCCAUGCGAGUGUCCGAAGUCCCCACCUCGGUGCUCGGUAGGCAUCAGCCUGGUCACAGACGGCUGCGACUGCUGCAAGAUGUGUGCCAAACAGCGUGGAGAAAGUUGCACUGAGGCCGACACCUGUGAUUUCCACAGGGGCUUGUACUGUGACUACAGUGGAGACAGACCUAGGUACGAAAUAGGAGUAUGUGCACAGAUUGUCGGUGUAGGAUGUGUCCUCAACGGAGUCAGGUAUAACAAUGGGGACACGUUUCAGCCCAACUGCAAAUACAACUGCACGUGCAUCAACGGGGCUGUGGGCUGUAUUCCCAUGUGCACAAACUCACGCCCUCCCCUCGUCUGGUGCCCAAACCCAAAGCUGAUUAAGAUGGCAGGGAAGUGCUGCGAGCAGUGGAUUUGUGAUGACUCCAAGAAAAUCAGGAAGACGUCUCCACGCCACAUCUCCUCUGCAGCGUACGAGGGAGAGGACGAAGCCUGGCAGAAGAACUGCAUCGUUCACACCUCACCCUGGAGUCCCUGCUCAAAGACCUGCGGGCUGGGCAUCUCCACCAGGAUAUCCAAUGACAACGACCAGUGCCGGCUCCUGAAGGAAAGCCGCCUGUGCAACAUGCGACCCUGCGAGGUGGAUAUAACCAAGCACAUUAAGCCUGGGAAGAAGUGCUUGGCUGUCUACAGGGCCAAUGAACCAACGAACUACACCAUCUCAGGAUGCGUGAGCAAAAGUCCAUACAGACCCAAAUAUUGCGGCGUCUGCACAGACAACAGGUGCUGCACACCCUACAAGUCCAAGACUAUUGAAGUGAGGUUUCAGUGCCCAGAUGGAACUGAGUUUUCCUGGAAAAUCCUGUGGAUCAAUGCUUGUUUUUGCAACCUGAACUGCAAGAACCCAAAUGACAUCUUUGCCGACUUGGCGCAUUACCACGAUUACUCUGAAAUCGCUAAUUGAAUUGGCUGAAUGCUGGAAUUGACCCAUUGCUCUGAUUUUACAGAGGUUUUAAAAUAAAAGGAGAAUCUUUCAUCCACUGCCAAUGUACAAUUUGUUUUUUUCCUGAGUUAGGAUGUCAAAUCUCCUUGUUUUGCCACACUGUUUUCAGAGAGGCCUUGAACAAGCAGGGUUUUCAAGUCAGACCUCUAUCCAUUAAUGGCAGCCAGAAAUUCCUCUAUGCACAGAUUCCAGACAUAAAUGACAGUCCUGUUGGGACUGCCAUUUAUUAGGCCAGCAGUUUAAUUGCCCAAAGGACAGAACAGUACACUAAUAUGACAGCAAAAAUAUGGCUGUCAGUAGCUUAGACAUGAGCCUCAGACAUCAUUACUGUCAUUUCUUGAAUAACGUGGUCUAAGCUGGAACAUGAGCAUUGGCGUAUAUGUUUUAUUUUCAACAUCAGACUUCAGUCUUUGAUGCUGGUGACCCUCAAGACUAGACUCUGGUCUCUGUCACACUGAGAUCUGUCCUAGAAAUUCUCCCUCUGUCAUUGUCAGUCAGAUCCCACUCCAUGGUGAAGUUCAUGGGAAGAACCUAGGGUUUCUCCUUAAAUCUCUGUGCAAGGAGUCUCUGUUUCACUGCACUAGGAUGGGACAAAGAUCCUCUGUGUCCUGCUCUCCUUGGGCUCACCCUGAUCUCUUGCACCAGGGAUAUUUUUACAGUUUCUUUACCAGCUCUGAUCUUCAUCAGCCUGAAUGCUCUGAAUCCAAAAAUGACCACCCCAGAGCUCGUAUUUUCAAAAUAGAUCUUCUUGCUCAUGCAUUACAUACCGCUUGUAGGUUAGCUCUGCAGACCUGAAGAAAGCAAGAUGAAGGACAAGACCUCAUAGGCCCGUUUAUUCACAUAGAAACGGUGUGGUCUGUGCUUGGGAACCAGCAGCUCCUCCUCCCUGUGGUGUUACCAGCACACAGGUCCUGCUUCCCACUGCCACCUUGCCAGUGACACAUACCUUCCUUUUGCAUGGCUGGGGUGGAGGAAAGGAGACACAUGCUAAUAGAGAAAGGAGAUGUUAGGCUUACUAUUAGCUCUGUGGAUGAGUGGGUGCAAAAUGGGAGGACAACCCUUGGCAUAGCUUCUGGUGCAUCAGUUGCAACUGGGCUGCUGCUUAGGGUAAACAUCAAUGUAAACAUUUUCUGCAGAAGUGGUUUCACAUGUAAAUGUCAGCUAAGAGAAGAAAAAAACCCUGCCAUUACCUUUCCAACCAAUAAAUUUCUUAUCGCUGAAGCAUACUGGAGCCAGUUUUUCUUCAGUGAGUUGUUGGUACCAUGGUAUGUUUGCUGGUGCUUCACUUGGGAGACCUGAGCAGUAGAAAUGUGUUUCUGUAUGGGGAACUGUAGUCUCUGCUUGCAAAAUCCCUGGUGGCAUAGCAGAUCUGCUGAGUGACACAAGGACCGCAGACUGGAUCAGCAUGGGACUGAAAUUCAGAUGAUGUAACUGUUUUAAAUCAGUCACUUAUUUUGCUUUAGUUCCAGUUGGCAAGUUGUCUGUCUUCAUCUUGAUAACCCAGAGGAAGCUAGAUUAGUUCCCAGGAGACAUAAAUCUUUCUGGCUAUGAUAAAUUAAAGCUUCUUGUGAGCAGGCUGAAAAUAAUGCAAUCCCUAUGUAAAAACAUCUAUGAGAAAUGCUGUAUAUUUGAAAGGCCGUUAACUUCAGUAACAUCUUUGUAUACAAGUUUUUCACCUAUACAUUUUCGAUAGAGCAAGGUCAUUCCUUAAUUCAAAGCUUUUACUAUUUCUUUUUCGAAGCUUCCCUGAAAUCCCCAGGGGCAGAAAAGAAGGGUGAUCCCUGUCUGCAUGUUCCAGUGUGGGUGCAACGCACCUCUCCUGUUUGUUCCUCUGGUGAUGAGGGACCUGAGGACACUGGCGCUUUGCAAGAUUCAGCCUCACGACUGUCUUUGGCCUGGAUGAUGUGACAGGAGAGGUCACAUCUGACCUGUGCACCUCCACCCAAAUGAGAGCUCAGCACUUCACUAAACUCCUUCACUUGGUAAAAAGAGGUCCAAGGGAACAUAUGAAGAAGUUGACCAUGUUUUCCAAAAAGGAAGGUGGUUUAUAUUGAGGUGCUUGGUAGGGAAGCCAUCCUGGGCUCUCUUUCUUUAUAUGAUCCCUUAAGCAUGUCUUGGAAUCCUGUGUUCGGGUU